UCUGCACACAAAAAGAAAUGUGUUUACUCGUUACGCGGCGUGAAGUUUGCGCCGUUGUGCUGCUCAGAAAGUUGUGGAUUUAGAAGGAAAGGAAGGCGGUUUCAGGGUUAACGAUUGUAGCGUUAGCCCGCAGCUAGCUCAGAUAGCUGGCUAACAGGGUAGCCUUUAGUUUUAAGGCUCCCCAACCAGAACCAGGGUCCACGGUGGACAUUAUCUCACUUCGACGACUGAUACCCAGUCUGGUCAUUUUUAUGCAGGCAGUUCAAAAGCGGCUUUUGUGCGUGGACGUUAACUUGAUAUUGGGUCAUAAAUAGUUAAAAAAUGAGCUCCCAGCAAUUCCCCCGUCACGGGCUGCCUGCUUCCAGCGGGGGACCACCUCAGAUCCCUGCUGCUGGAAACCUGGUGCCUGUCAAUCAGCCGUCAAAUGCUCCAGCAGGUGGAGAUGCUGACAGCAGUCGGGAGGCUGAACAUGGUCAGCAAACUCACCCGCCUGCCGGGGGCGGGGGCGCCUUGGCUUUCAGAGAUGACAAGCAGGAGACGAUGGUGGUCAGACCCUACCCGCAAGCACAGACCCACGGCCAGCCGCAAGCUGCCCCACAGGCCGUGCCCAUCCAGCCCGGCACACCUGUGACUGUACCUGCCUCGUCAGUCCACCUCCCACAGGGCCAGCCUGCAGGCCUCACGGACGCACAGAUGAAGGUCCUGAAGUCAAACCCAAGUCGUCUUAUUGCUCCAGCACCAGCCUCCAACCAGGCUCAUAUACCCCCGAAGGUGCCCAGUCACAUCACUGUCACCCUAGAGAGUAGUAUAGCUUCGACCCCGUCCAUUUCUGUGGCACCCAUCAGUGCCCCACCGGGUCAUCCCAACGUUAACGUUGCUAAUAUUCAGAUCAUUAGGGGCGGUGGUCCCACGCUGCAGAUCCCUGCAGCCCCCACCCAGACCUUCACAUCUCAUUUACCUCGAGGGGCUGCUGCAGCAGCUGUUAUGUCCAGUGCUAAAACCGUCUUGCGGCCAGCCACCGGAGCAAGUGCGGGCCCCGGCCAGGCCACAGUGCAGCACAUUAUCCACCAGACUAUUCAGUCCCGCCCGCCGGUAACAUCCUCUACACCUGUGCAUCCAGUAGUGGCCCCUAUCUCAGCAACUAGAACUCAGUCCCCAGUUAUUAAUCCAACAGUGACACACCCUGCAGAGGUGGCACAUGGCCGUCCAGCGCUGACCAUUCACACCCCGGUGCCCACGGUUAGUAUUCAGAGGCCCCAGACAUCCCGUGACACUGCCACACGGAUCACUCUGCCCUCACAUCCUCCUGCAAUUGGAGCUCAGAAGCCCCAGCCUCCUCACACCAUGGCACAGAAGCCCAUCUUCAGUACCGUGACACCAGUAGCUGCUGCAACUGUGGCACCAAUUGUUGCCACUAACACUGUACCAUCAACAACCACAAUAGGCACUGUCCCACAUACUCAAAUGACUAAUAGCACUAUUGUCACCAUGACAGUGCCCUCACACUCUCAUACUCCAACAGGCACCACCUCUACCAUCCCCGUUGCCAAAGUGGUUCCUCAGCCCAUCAGCCACACUUCAUCCCGCGUGCAGCCCGACUACCACAGGUCAUCUCCCAACCCUGCCAUGGAAACUAGAAGUGAAAACAGGACUCCUGUGCCAGUGCAGUUCCAGUAUUUCCUGCCGGCUUACUCUUCAUCAUACUCCCCUCUGACACACACCUACACACCAAUCAGCAGCUCUGUACCCACCAUCCGUCAGUAUCCUGUUACUCCUCAAGCUCCGAGUUCUGCGCUGCCCACUCAGGCAGGAGUGGGCGUGGCCACCACUGUCCAUCUAAAUCACAUGCAGCUGAUGGCAGUGGAUCGGAUUGGCAUCCCAUCAGCACAAAUCAGCACCCAGGGGAUCCAGCCUGCACCUAUAGCUGCACAGGGCAUUCAGCCGGCACCAAUAGGAGUUCAGGGCCUGCACACAUCCGCGCCAAUCACCACACAAGGAAUACAACAGGCGCCGAUAGUCACUCAGCAGCAGCAACAACAGCAACAGCAACAACAACAACCACAGUCUGAAGCCAAACCUGGGGUUGUUUUGGCUGACGCCUUUGUAGCCAGCCCCAUCAGCAGCACAUUCAGCACCACCCAGCCGGUAGCCACCAUGGUGCAGGCGCACACCCAGGGAGGAGUAGGGGGAGCUCCCACACUGGUCUCCUCCCCUAGACCCAGCAUUCUCCGCAAGAAGCCCGCUAAUGAAGGGUGUGUUCGUAAGAACCUGAUCCCCGUCCAGCCCAGUGAACCUGGCACCGGCAGAAUGGAGGGUGGUGUGAGAGGAGCAGGAUCUCCGCGGCCAGCAGGUGUGAAGCCCAAAGCUGAGGUGCACAUGACUGUGGCCCCUCCCGUCAUGGCCACAGUAGAAGCGCUGCCUUCUCAGGGAGGAGAGCAGCAGGCGGUGUCGUCUAACGCUCAGCACCUCGCCCAAGCCAUCCCCACCAUGCUUGCCACACCUGGACCUGUGCCUCCCUCCCAGCCCUCCACUGUCCUCUCAUCUCUGCCAGCAGCCAUGGCUGUGACCCCCCCUGUUCCCGCUUCAAUGGCCAACACUGUGGCCUCCCCCACUCAGCCCGCAGCCAGUAGCACUGCAGCCUGUGCGGCCAGCUCCACUUGUCCAGAUGUGAAAAUCAAACAAGAGGUGGAGACAAUGGACACCUCUCAGCCAGAUCCUAAUGUGAAUAUGUCGUCAGCACCAACCCUCACCACCCAGGCCUCCACCCUGAACGCUCCUGCCACGGGAGAUUUGAUUCCCGGGGCCUCACCGAGGAAGAAGCCCCGUAAGCAGCAGCAUGUUAUUUCUACUGAGGAGAGUGAGAUGGUCGAGACCAACAGCACAGAUGAGGAGAAGGCUCCAGGCAGGCCCAUUACUGGCAGGGCGGAGAGGCGUGAAUCUCCACCUAGGGAAUAUGUCGAUGAAGAAGGAGUGCGUUACGUGCCAGUCAGACCUCGUCCACCUGUUACCCUGUUGCGGCACUAUCGUAACCCCUGGAAGGCUGCGUACCACCACUUCCAGAGGUACAGCGACAUCCGGGUCAAAGAGGAGAAGAAGGGCAGCUUGCAGGAUAUGGCCAAUCAGAGAGGGGUGGCCUGCAGAGCACAAGGCUGGAAAAUUCACCUGUGUGCUGCACAACUCAGACAGUUGUCGAGUUUGGAGCAUGAUGUGUACAGUCGUCUCUCCACCCUCCAAGAAGGCCUGAUUCCAAAGAAGAGGGCGGGCUCUGAUGAUGACCUCCACCGAAUCAAUGAACUAAUACAGGGUAACAUGCAACGCUGUAAGCUGGUGAUGGACCAGGUGACAGAAGCCAGAGACACCAUGAUGAAAGUGCUCGACCACAAGGAGAAAGUGCUGAAGCUCCUCAACAAGAACGGAGGCGUCAAGAAGUCCUCAAAACUGAAGCGCAAAGAACGGGCAUAGGCGCGACGCUCCCGCCCGUCGACCACCACCCCUGCCCCCGUCUCCGAAGGGGUGAAGCAGCUGCUCAGAGUUUUGGUGCUAUGAUUUGCAGCAAACAAUCACACCUGAGAGCGGACAGAGAGAGAAGUAACUGGAGGGCUUCACGCAUCAGAAACGCCCAUCAGGAACAAGUUCUCAUUCAAGACACAACGCACAUAAAGCGUGGAGCAGUGUAGGUUACAUUAGAGUGGCCAAGAAGACGGCCGCAGCCCCCCCUCCCCUCCUCUUUUUUUUUUUUUUUUUUUUUUUUAAUUUCAAAGAUCCCUGAGAUCAUUUUUACUAACCUAACUUCUGCCUCUUCUUUUAGGACAAACUGAAGCAGGCGCGUAGUGGUUCUAUAAUAUUUGGCACUAAAUGCAGGUGCAGUGAAUCUGACACCCGGCAUGUCCCAUAAGAAGAGUUUCAGUUCAGGUGAAAGACCCCGGAGUUAUCGAGUCAUUUAAAACGAGUCCUUUAUCAAACCGCGUGUAUACAGACUAAUCUCAGUCGUGCUGUUUUCAUCAGUCUGUGCCUUCAUUUUGUCAGAGUACAUGAACCCGACGGGGACAUUUGAAAGCUGUUCCACAUGCUCUAAAAAAAAAAAAAAAAAAAAAACGGGAUUCAAAGAAAAGUGUCAGGUCAAUUUCACUACCCUUUUUUCAUCCUGCACCUGCGUCUUUUUGAGUUGAUUAGCUAAUCUGAUAAAAAAAAGUACUUCAGUGGUUUGGAUUAAACACGAGUGAAUGUGUCAAAUUGAGUAUAUGGGGGGGGAGAAAAGGCUCUUAAAGGACGAGCAGUGUGCUUGGAUUGAAAGUGAGAACGUCGGGUCGAUUUAUUUAAAACUGUUUUAUUUAAACAGUUUUAUCCACUUGAAGAUUAAACGUCCCGACGCUUUCAUUCAGAGUGCUUGAAAAGGAAGAGGGUGACCAUCCCUGUGAUCACAACGGCUUAUUGAAUUCCUGUAAAAAAAAAAAAAAAAAAAAAAAACGCUGUAAAUGUACUUUUGGUUUUUCAUUGACCUGGUUCUUUUCAAGUUUUGUACUCAAUGAAACAUUUUGUGCUGUGAGACGCGGCCGCUCCGCGUCGACCAAGUGUAACGACGUGAGACGAAGUGGGCCUGAAGCAUCCAGCCGUUGUACAUUGUUUUUGUCUGUGUAAUUAUAGUAAAGAUACUUAAACAACA